GCUUCUCAUUAUCUUUGUUUAUACAAUUUGUCCGUUGAGAACUGUGAAAGCUUCGGAUGGAAGCGAAGGAAGAUGAUCCAAGAAAGUCAGAGUCAGAGCACCUCAUUCCGUCGGUCUCACAGCAUCAAAUCAGGGGAAAAGAAGUCCAAUACUGUCUACUGCUGAUUAGCGUAGUCUGACCGCAGGCUUCAUCAGUGAGGUGGCCGGUGAAGAAAGAGCCCACCAACUUGCCAUCGCCAGCCACUGCAGUAUCAGACUAUCAGUAUCGAUGUCUGAAAUAAAUAAUUCCGUAGUCCUGCACAGAGACAGAGCAAGAUAGGCCUAGUCACACACAACUCACAAGCCAAGAGUCAGUAGAGGGAAACAUUGCGAUGGUGGGGAAGGAGGAUCUGAAGCUGCUCGGCCUGGAGGUGAGCCCGUUCGUGAUCCGGGUGCGCAUGGCGUUGGGCAUCAAGGGCGUGAGCUACGAGUACGUCGAGGAGGACCUGCCGUUCAACAAGAGCGACCUCCUCCUCGCGUCCAACCCGGUGCACAAGAAGGUGCCCGUGCUCAUCCACAACGGCAAGCCCGUCUGCGAGUCGCUCGUCAUCGUGCAGUACGUCGACGAGCUGUUCGCCGGCCCGCCCAUCCUCCCCGCCGAUCCCUACGAGCGCGCCACCGCUCGCUUCUGGGCCGCCUUCGUCGACGACAAGCGUUCUGCUUGGAUUGCAGCUGGUUCCGGCGUGGAUCGGCAUCCUGAAGGCCAAGACGGAGGACGAGCGGGCGGAGAAGGCCACGGAGACGCUCGCCGCGAUCGGUCUGGUGGAGGCGACCCUCGCCGACGGCAGGGCCUUCUUCGGCGGCGACUCCAUCGGGUACCUCGACAUCGUGCUCGGCUCCUGCCUGUUCUGGUUCGAGGCGCUGCGCAUGAUGCACGGAGUCGAGAUCAUUGACUCCGGCAGGACUCCGGUCCUGGCCGCGUGGGCGGAGCGGUUUGGGGAGAGCGCGGAGUCGAAGGGGGUGGUGCCGGGGGCCGACGAGGCCGUGAAGUACGCCAAUAAGCUCGCCGCCGCCGCCGCCGCCGCCGCCGCCGCCGCCACGAAGUGAACUUUUGUUCGGACUGAGUCCUGUGAUAAACACGAUGGGAUUGCCAAGCGGGCGUUCGGGUCUGAUCAUGUCAUGUGAGUCUGGUGAUCUACCAAUAAAUUGAGGCGUUUAGCUUUGAUGCGUA